AAUUUAUUGUUUUCCGUAUUUUUUCCAGUAUUGGUUUUCUGAAUGGCUGACUGCAAGCGUCUCCGUUCUUGGCCUCGUAGCGCGCGACUGCGAUUCGGCUACUUAUCGCAUCGGGUUUAAAACCCAUAGUUACUUUUGUUUCACAUGCGAGACACUUUGGGGUCUAUGCUAUUUUUGCGCAAGUUCAAACCGACAAUCCAGCUAAAGAUUACCGAUAUUUGUUUUUGUCUUCGCUGAUACCUGCCAGCGACCGCCGGUUCAAUUGUUUCCGAACGUUAAUCAAGGCACCACGAAUCCAAAAACGGGAAACAAAAAAGUUUCUUAACGUUGACUAAUAGAUAUGGCAAUGGUAGUGUGGAGAGGCUCCCAGGACGAUGUGGCCGAAACCCAGGGCGCCCUCUCCUCUCAAGCCCAGCAAGUAGGACCUCUAUCCCUCCCCACUCCUCAACCAGGCCAGCUCAACCUCGCGGGCUCGCAGGUCGCCCCUCCGACCCCUCAUACGCCGGUGCAAGGCGGACCCCCGAGCAAUACGGCACAGUCGACACCGACGAACCAGACGACCCAGAGUCAGGCGGAAAAACAGCAGCCUCAGCACAUAGAAUGUGUGGUUUGCGGGGACAAGUCGAGUGGUAAACAUUACGGCCAGUUCACGUGCGAGGGCUGCAAAAGCUUCUUCAAACGGAGCGUACGGAGAAACCUCACCUAUUCGUGUCGUGCCAACAGGAACUGCCCCAUCGACCAGCACCAUCGCAAUCAGUGUCAGUACUGUCGCCUCAAAAAAUGCCUCAAAGUCGGCAUGAGACGGGAAGUUUCUCUUUUUACUGCAGCGGUGCAGAGGGGACGGAUGCCACCCACGCAGCCUCACCACGGCCAGUUCGCCUUGACAAACGGGGACCCCCUGCACUGCCAUUCGUACCUAUCCGGAUAUAUCUCUCUUCUCCUGAGAGCGGAGCCCUACCCGACGUCCCGCUAUGGCAGCCAGUGCAUGCAACCCAACAACAUUAUGGGCAUUGAGAACAUUUGUGAACUGGCGGCCCGGAUGCUCUUUAGUGCCGUGGAGUGGGCAAGGAAUAUCCCCUUCUUUCCAGACCUGCAGAUUACGGACCAGGUGGCCCUUCUGAGGUUAACCUGGAGCGAGCUGUUUGUGCUGAACGCGGCGCAGUGCUCUAUGCCCCUUCACGUGGCACCACUUCUCGCGGCUGCAGGCCUACACGCCUCUCCUAUGUCUGCGGACAGAGUUGUCGCCUUCAUGGACCACAUUAGGAUCUUUCAAGAGCAAGUGGAGAAACUGAAAGCUUUGCACGUCGACUCAGCCGAGUACAGCUGUUUGAAGGCCAUAGUGCUUUUCACCACAGAUGCUUGUGGUCUCUCAGACGUGGCCCAUGUGGAAAGUUUGCAGGAGAAGUCGCAGUGUGCGCUUGAGGAGUACGUCCGGAGCCAGUACCCCAACCAGCCAACUCGAUUUGGGAAGCUUUUGCUGCGCUUGCCCUCUCUCCGCACAGUCUCUUCUUCGGUCAUAGAGCAAUUGUUUUUCGUCCGUUUGGUAGGUAAAACCCCAAUUGAAACCCUCAUCAGAGACAUGUUGCUUUCCGGAAGUAGUUUCAACUGGCCUUACAUGCCAAUUCAGUAAGCACGAGGGGACGCACGAGGAACCCAAGACCACAAUAGUAAAUAUAGCGCUUAUUUUAGAAGGAAAACGAAGAAAGACAUUUUCAGAAAUGACUGUGAAUUAAGAAAAAAAGAGACAUUUGGUGAACUUUCACA